AUGCUGCAGAACACCAUGCCUCACUUUCCCACGGCCCUGAAUGGAGGGCCAAAUAUGUGGGCGAUCACUACAGAGGAGCGGGCCAAACACGACAAGCAGUUUGCCAGCCUGAAGCCAAUAGGUGGACUGAUUACCGGGGACCAGGCCAAAAACUUCUUUUUACAAUCAGGCCUUCCUCCAGCCGUUCUCGCGGAAAUAUGGGCCCUGUCCGACCUCAACAAAGAUGGCAAGAUGGACCAGCUGGAGUUUUCCAUCGCUAUGAAACUCAUCAAACUCAAGCUGCAGGGACAGAAUUUGCCAAUGAUCCUUCCAACUGUUAUGAAGCAGCCACCUGUCUUCUCGCCACUAAUGUCCUCCCGCUAUGGAAUGGGGAGUAUGCCAAACUUGUCCAUGCCACCAUCUAUGCCCCCGCUGUUACCCCUUGCACCCACCACUUCGCUG